AUGGCUCCGUGGGAGGGGUCUGCCAAAGCUCUCCCUCUAAUUGACCGGGGAGCAGAAAGCUGCCGGAGAGAUGCGAGCAGCCGCAGCCGGGGACAGAGAGGCGGACGCAUGGGCUUGACAAAGAGGGAAACCCAGCCCCGUGCUCAGAUGGCUGAUCUCGAACUGUUUUACUUUGAUCAACCCGAUCCGAGAGACGCCUCCCUGGGUUUAAAGGAGCAAAGUGUGGUGGAGGAGGAAGAGGAGGAGGAGGAGCAGGAGAUCAGCCGCGGAAAGUGGCUGGAUCCCGGUGAAGGAGCGGCGUCAGCACCGCGGACAGAGAGCCGGAGAGCGGAAGAGAGAGAGGAAACGGAAACAUCCUUCACCUGCAAACUCAGGGGUGAUGAAGAUGAUGAUGAGCUGAUAGGGACAAGUCCACAGACCUGCAGACUGAGUCAGAGCUCCUCCAGUGAACUGUACGAGGAGGAGGAGGAGGAGGAGGAAGAGGACAUCCCGGAACUUUACUUGCUCUCCGAUGACGACCUCUCCUCCGAAGGCUCGGGAAAGUCAGUGGAUUAUGGCUUCAUCAUCGCAGUGACAUGCCUGGUGACUGGCAUCUCUUUGGUCGCUAUCUCCUACACGGUCCCCAGGGACGUCAGGGUGGACCCGGACAGCGUGUCCGCCCGGGAGAUGGAGCGCCUGGAGCGAGAGAAAGCCAGGGUGGGGGCCCAUCUGGACCGCUGUGUCAUAGCGGGGCUGUGCCUGCUCACCCUCGGGGGCGUGCUGCUCUCCACCCUGCUCAUGAUCUCCAUGUGGAAAGGGGAGAUGAUGAGGAGGAAAGCUUUCGCAUAUUCCAAACACGCAGCCAAGUUGUACGGCUCGAUCAAUCUGAGAGCAGGCUCCAGCCCGACUCGGGAAUCCUGCUCACAUUUGUCAGCGGCUGAUGAGGAUUUAGAAGUGAUCAGCUGAAUUCAUGGACAGGACAAGUGGAAAAGACUCAGCAAAAUCCUUCUCGUGCUGUCCUAUUAUCUGGGAUGUAAUGGGGUUUAAUGCCUUUUUUAUUUCUGACAGCUGAGCUUGAUAUGGACAUUUUUUCAAUGUUUUCAAUCCUGUCUUAAUACAAUACUGACAUCAAUCUGUGCAUUGACAGAGUUAUUGUUCGCUGUAAUCAUCCCGUCUGUCUAUACCAGCCCUGAACAGAUCCAGGCCUAAUCCAGUUUCAAUGUAAAAGGAAAACAUGCAUUUUAAAGUGCAGCUAAAGCUAAAAUCAGGGUUUAGCAGAGAGUUUGGACAGCCUGGUAUCACCAGAUUGCUUGUGAAUAACCUGCCAGUUUCUUAACCAUUUUCACAUGUUAUUGAUCAGUAUUUUCUGGCUUUCACUUGGCAUUUACACGCCACAACAUUAGACGUUCACAGCAAAUGUUCUGAAGGUCAGUCGAUGUAGUAUAAAGAGCCAGAAAGUCCAAGUGAGGAGUAGCUACAGUACAAUGCAAAAUUAUCUGUCACAAUAAGAUAUUAUUGCCAUGUUGCAGCUUGACUAUUGCAAUAUAUACAUUAUUAUGUCUCCAAAGGAAAAAUGUGUUUAUUUUAUCUAGAAGAUAAAGUUUUCAGUCUUUUCAUCUCACUUUUAUUGCAGCAAAAUGCAAUAAAUAACUGUAAAGUAGAGCAACUGACUACCACUGUCAUAAAUUUUAAAAAAUUAGAAAAAUAAUAAUUCAUAUAAUAAUAUAUUGAUAAUUGGCAAUUUUGCCACACAAAAUAUUGCAAAACUUUUUUUUGGGGUGUCGGGCUGGACAAAAAAAAAACACUUUUCCCAAACCUACCUAAGUUGUUUUGUUGCUUUAACAUUACCAAGUAGUUUUCUUUCAAUACACAAUGUUCAUUCCAUACAAAAGGAUAUUCAGUUGGUGGUGAUUUGUUGCUUUAGUGAUAGAUUCAUGAGUUUGAAGGCAUCAGAAGCCUGCAGAGAGAUUUAUUGUAUAAAAGGCUUUAACAGCUUUUUACGACUCGGCACUGUUAUUUGUGGUGCGAGUCGCAGCAGUCAACAGAGGCCACAUGUUUUCCAUGCAGAGCUAAAAUUGUUAUGAAUGUGGCAUUAGUGAUGUCAAUCUCUCAAAGUUCCUGUUGUUUCUAUCUGUUAAUGUCCCUCCACUUUAACUCAGCAAGGAAACACCAGCAGGAAAACACACGGAGGGAAUUUUGUUUUAAAAAGCCUGUAGUUUUGAAAGAUACCA